CUGGAGUCAAUCGCAACUCUGCUCCCCGAAAACUCCAGCCUCCGUCUUCUCUCCGCUUUCAGAGGGGGCAUAAAAAUGUCAUCUUUACAGUUGAAACCCCAUCCACUCAAAACCCUAGCCCUAAACCCCUCGCGUUCCGCUCCUCCGCGGAGAAGUCUAAGUUUCCGAUGCUCCGCCGCCGCUCGCCGGAGUUACAACAUCACUCUUCUCCCCGGCGAUGGAAUUGGCCCAGAAGUCGUCUCUGUUGCUAAAGAUGUACUCUCUCUCGCCGCUUCUCAUGAGGGGAUUGAGUUCAAGUUUAGAGAAAUGCCAGUUGGAGGAUCUGCGCUCGAUGCAACUGGGGUGCCAUUACCGGAAGCGACUCUUACGGCUUCUAAAGAGUCUGAUGCUGUUUUGUUGGGAGCCAUUGGAGGGUAUAAAUGGGACGCAAAUGAGAAGCAUUUGAAGCCUGAGACAGGGUUGCUUCAGUUGCGGGCUGGGCUUGGAGUCUUUGCUAAUCUGCGGCCGGCUACUGUGUUGCCACAACUUGUAAACUCGUCCACUCUAAAGAAAGAGGUCGCUGAGGGAGUUGACAUCAUGGUGGUGAGAGAGCUUACUGGAGGGAUCUAUUUUGGAAAACCUAGAGGGUUUGGAACCAAUGACAAGGGUGAGGAUAUUGGGUUUAAUACUGAAGUGUAUUCUUCUUCUGAGAUUGACAGGAUUGCACGUCUUGCAUUUGAGGUUGCUCGCAAGCGUCAUAGUAGACUAUGUUCUGUUGACAAAGCUAAUGUUUUGGAGGCAUCAAUGCUAUGGAGGAAAAGAGUGAUGGCAAUAGCUACUGAGUUCCCUGACGUGGAGCUCUCUCACAUGUAUGUGGACAAUGCAGCCAUGCAGCUUAUCCGUCAUCCCAAGCAGUUUGAUACAAUUGUGACAAACAACAUAUUUGGUGACAUACUAUCUGACGAAGCUUCAAUGCUCACUGGAAGCAUCGGAAUGCUUCCAUCUGCUAGUGUUGGUGAAUCUGGACCUGGACUUUUUGAGCCAAUUCAUGGCUCUGCUCCCGAUAUCGCUGGCCAGGACAAAGCAAACCCUCUUGCGACAGUGCUGAGUGCUGCUAUGCUUUUGAGAUAUGGGCUUGGAGAGGAGAAUGCUGCAAAGAGGAUUGAAGACGCCGUCAUUGAAACACUUAAUCGAGGAUUUCGAACUGGAGAUUUAUUUUCUGCUGGAACGACUCUGGUUGGAUGUAAAAGGAUGGGUGAAGAAGUGUUAAAAUGUGUAGACUCCCGGAGUCCUCUUGCUGCGCUGCAUUAAUCACUCAGCCGAAGGCAAACGUUACGUAUGUUUGUCUUGAUUUAUACUAGGAACUAUAAUAAUUAACUAUUAUUUAUCAUGAGAAACUACGAUUCAUCACGUUAUUUCAAUUUUGUAACUUGCUAGUCCAACCUUUUCGUUUUUUUUUCUUUCCUUUUUCCCCUCGGGAGAUUAAUAUCAUUGUUCUCUCAGAGUUAUAGCUUGUCAUUUUGUGGGAAUUCACGAGCCACGUAAUUAGUAUUGGGAAUAAUUUGUUAUGAAGUAAUUCACUUAUUACCGUAUGCAGUUGUUGUAUUCGGUAGUAGAAAUAAGUUGAAUAAAUAUGUUGAGAUUUAUGUUA